GAAGCAAAAGAAGAAUGUGAACAAAUGCAAAAAUGGUGGGAAAUGAUAUGGGAUGCACAAAAAAAUAGAACAUGGAUAACAGUUACUCCUGAGUAUGGACCAUUUCCAUACGCUAUGACAAAUGAAAUUAAUGUAUGGGAUUUGACAAAUCGAGAAAUGGAACGACAAAAGGAAAACUAUCAAAAAUGGUCAAACAAUAUUCAUUGA